AUGGCCCCAACAGCGCCAGCCCCAACAGUUUCUACGGCCCCAACGGCCGCAAUGGCCCCAGCCCCGAGCCAAGCCUUGCCUUGCCAGGAUUACCUAGUCCAAAUGGGCUGCGGCCUGGUGGCGCUCGAUUUAGAGUGCAUCCAUGACCACAUCCACGGCAGCUAUGCAGCAAUGGAAUGGCAUGAGACCAGCGACCAGUGGUCAUGGAAGCGUCAGUGUCAGAUCAUCGAACUUGCAGCUGUGAACCUCGUCACGGGCGAAUCGCUCCUGCUGCGCAGCCGUCCCGAGUUCAGCUGGGAGGACGUGAAGUCCCCCGCAACCCGGCUUUUUGCUGAGCACAGCGGGCACAAGGAGAUCGUGUGCGAUGAGUCGCUGCCGGUCUUUGCCCAGCUCUGGCCCACCCACGUGCUGCCAUUCCUGCAGCGGGCCGCUGGCUUCACAGGUAAAGUCGUUCUCAUCGCCCACAAUGGCGAUCGUUUCGACCACUUCGUCCUGAACAAAGAGAUCGAGCGGCUGGGCCUGGACAUGAGCCGCUGCCCUCACCUGGUGUCGGCGGACCCAGUGGCCACCAUGAAGAAGAGGUUCCAUGACCAGCAAAUAUCGAAUCUCUAUGGUCAACCGAGAGGGCUUUCCUUACAUCAGAUGUACAUGAUCCACGUGCCAGAACAGCAUCGUACAGGCCUCCGUGCCCACCAGGCCAUGGACGACGUGCGGAUGAUGCUCGACGUGAUCCGCUGGGGGCCGCAUGUGUCGGUCCUGCUGGCACAGGACAUCUCGAUAGCAACGCAUGGGAUGGAAGUUGCGGCCGCGACCUACUGCGUUUUGCAGCGCUUCAUGCACCCGGUUCGGGUGUGGUCGAACAACCCCCCAGCCUACAGCGCAGGGUGCGCAACCCUGCCAACAGAAGAGCAUGCGGAGGGCCCGGACAGCCCUCCCAACACAGCCCCAAUGCAGCAGCAUGGGACACCCAUCUCAGCUGCCACAGUGGUUCCAGCCACGAUGAGCUUCCCAGUGCCCUGUGGUGCGAUGCCAUUCAUGUUUCAGCCCAUCCCACCACCCCCAACAACUCCACCGGCUCCCACAGGUCCCCCCCAGGCAGCUCCGACAGCAGCCCCGACAGCCUUCACGCUGGAGGGCUCGCUCCCUCCCACAGUGCCAGCCAGUGUACCAAACAGUGCGCCCGCCCAAGUUCCACAUGAAGUGCCCGUCCUGACUCCCGUCCUGACUCCCGUCCUGCAUCCAAUGCGCACACCGCCGCCACCCCCUUACGACGAGCUUCCCAGUGUUCCCAGUCUUCCCAGUCAUCUUCCAAGCGGCGGUCAAAGGCCCGGGCUCGGACGAACUGUGCUCGACCUCGAGGCGGAGCUGAUGCAACAGAGCUCCGGUGGUGGGAGCCGUGCGACGAGCUCCGGCAGCGAGGAUUUGAGUGCCAGCCCCAGUCUUGGCAGUGUAGAGAGAGAGAAGCACGGCAAUGCCGAGCCCCGGCAUGGACAUGCCGGACAUGCCGGACAUGCCGGACGUCCGAAAGGAGCAGGUAAGGGAGGUGACAAGGGCAAGAACAAAGGCAAAGCCAAUGGCAACAAGGGCAAGCGCCGUGGCGGAGAAGCGUGGGGCGACAACAGAAAUUGGAACCAACAGGACUGGCCCGGUCCUUGGUGGGGCUUCUACCCGGCCGGCUACGGUGACAUGGGAUAUUGGGGCUGGGGUGACUUUCAUGAGUACGACUAUCCCCAGCCUCGUGCCCGGGACCGAGAGGGCGGCAACCGCAACCGCGAUGCCCGUGCUCCCAAGCCCGCCGUCGAGAAGCCCGCAGGACAACCGUCAUCUUCCCCGCCCGCCAAGCCACCUACGAAUUUCAGUGCAGAGAUGGGCACCAGCAGUUGGCAGUGA